GACAGUCUUUUCUGUACGUGAACAUCUUUUCCGACGGUCGCGUCACUUCGCGGCGGAUCGGCGUGCUAUCUAUAAAUGGACGACGACGACAGUUUGUUUAUUGUGUGUGAAAAAUACAAAAAUUAGUGCGAUUUUAAUUAACAAAAAAGAAAAUAUUUUUAUUAAUUAUUAAAAAUGGCCAAUGAGUGUUCUUUUAGUUCUAAUAAUCGUAAUAAUUAUGAUAUUGGUUUGAAACCAUUUAAUCAUGAUAAAAAGCGUGGAAAAUGGGAAUGUUCAACUGAUUUCUUCUAUGCAUGCUUGGGACAUGCAUUUAAAAUUGAUGCUAUGAUGGUUUUGCCAUCGAUGGUAUUUAAGAAUUUAGGAGUUUGCCUCAUCAUUCCAUAUUUUGUCAUUAUGGCAUUAUGUGUUGUGCCAAUUGUCAUGAUACAAUCAUUCCUUGGACAGUUUUCAAGCACAGGACUAAUAUCAGUAUUUCGAAUAGCACCACUUUUUAAAGGUAUUGGAUAUGUUUCAUUGGCAAUAAAUCUUACUCAACUUACUUACUACACGGUAUUUGCUGCAAUACCUUUAUUUUAUUUUCUUCAUUCCCUUCGACCUACUAUGCCAUGGAGCUGUGAAGGAAGCAAAUUUUGGAUGGACCCCAAUGCAACCGUGACAACGCCUUGCAACAUUGCUGACUUACAAGAUCCUCCAGGAACUGAAGUUUUUAUGAGAGUUCCAUCGCUGGAGUUCUUUAGUCAACACAUGAAUAUUAUUCACUACCUAGAGUCGAAACCGCCAGCAACAUUUUCUUGGUCACUUAUCGUGUUUACAUUCUUCAUAUGGACAAUAGUUGGAAGUAUUGUUAGCAAACCUACCGAAAUGAUCGGAAGAUAUAUUCGUUAUACUUGUACGGCAGUCCUUAUAAUUAUGGGUCUAUGUUUGCUGCGUUUUCUCUUCCUACCUGGUGCAUUAGAAGGUGUAAGUACAUUUUUUCGACCGAAGAAACCUCAAGACAUAAAAUCAUGGCUGUUCCUGGGAAUGCUUGUUCUUUCAACUUUGGGACCUGGUUGGGGAUCAAUUCUAAGCAUGGCAAGCUAUAAUCGUUUUAAGACAAAUAUCUCCAAGUACAGUUGGUUUCUGGGAUUGGCUCAGUUUGUAGUAAUUGCUAGUACUGCUUUUCUGCAAAUUUUGGUAACAAAUCACAUGAACAGAUCCAACCCGGAUUUGAUAAGAUUCCGUAAUGAUGAACGUCAGUGGCUUGAAUUUUUGUCCAUUCCAUCGGCAUUGGCAUUCCUUGAGCUACCGAAUUUAUGGUCAAUGUUGUAUUUUGCCAUGUUGAUUCUUGGCGCUAUGAAUCUUGUUGUUGUACAACUCUUUUCAGUUCUGACAACGCUAUUCGAUGAGUAUGAGAAUUUGAGAGCAAUGAAGAGAGAAGUCACUUGGAUGACAGUUGGUACUUUAUCGCUCUUUUCAACAUAUUUCUGUUCAAACCACGGAAUAAUGUUCUUUGAAGUUGUUACUGAAUUCUCAGUUCUGACACAGAUGUUCCUUAACCUAUUGCUAUUAUUCGUCAUCCUGUGGGUUUAUGGUCGUGAACGGUUUCAACGUGAUUUAAGAUUUAUGACAGGCCAUAUGUAUGCAACUUGGAUGAUUUACAUUGUUCGAUUUAUUACACCAAUAUUUUUAAUUGUUGGAUUUGUUGUUGGAUUUAUUAUAGCAGUUGUUUUGGAUGAAAACUACUCCAAAAUUGUGCUCUACAUUGUCACUUCAAUUACAAUUCUCCCAUGGCUUUUAAUACCUUUUGUCUGCAUUAGGAUGUUACGGCAAUCGAAUGAAGUAAAACUAUCUAGGAGAUUGAGAAAACUUACAACACCAACAAAUUGGUGUCCAGGAGAUUCGGUUUAUAGACAUCAAUAUGAAUUGACAUUUCCUAAUUUAGAAACUUCUCUUAAUUGAGGUUUAUUUAUAUUUAAGAUUUUGUAAACAAAAUUAAGAAUGUUGGUUGUAGUAAUUCGUGAUGUUUUUAACUAUUGUGAAUAUAAAAAUAUUUUAGGAAAUAAAAUGUAGUUAAGUGUUGUCAGACCUUGAAAUAAUAUAUCUUUGACAGUGACAGUCAAAUUUAAAAAAAGAGCAUUACACUUAAAACAAUAUAAAAUUAAUUUUUUAAUUGCUUCCUUUUUAUAAAAUAUUGAUUAUUUUUAAAAUAUAUGUAAGCUGUCAUAAAAUGUUAGCAAUUCCUUUGCGUACUGCUUUCUUUUGAUUAUCUGUCAGAACUUAUAUUGUUUUUGAAAUGUGAUUGUUAAAGAUGUUAAUGGUGUCUGAGUUAUAAAUUUAAUAAAUGUACCGAAUCAUUUACUUUAAGCUUUAAUUAAAACUAGUCAUAUUAUAAGUUCAGUAAAAAAACAGUUGAGCAAUGAGCAUGAUACAUAUUUAAUUCUGUUAUAGUUUUUGGUAGGAAGAUAAUUUCAUUUAAAAUCUGAUCAACAAUGUUACUUGCAAACUACUUCCUUAAUAAAUUCAUCCAUUGUUUUUAUUCAUUAAAA